AUGUCGGUCAUUCUCUGUACCGCCGGUUAUGAUCACACCAUACGGUUCUGGGAGGCCCUCUCCGGCAUCUGCUCCCGCACAAUCCAGCAUCCAGACUCGCAGGUGAACCGUCUGUGCAUCUCGCCCGACAAGCGCUUCCUCGCGGCCGCGGGCCACCACACGGUGAAGCUGUUCGACAUCAAGUCGACCAACCCGAACGCGCUGCUGACCUUUGAGGGCCACACGGGCAACAUCACGGGCGUCGCGUUCCACUGCGAGGGCAAGUGGAUGGUCACGAGCUCCGAGGACGGCACCGUCAAGAUCUGGGAGACCCGCAGCGGCACUAUCCAGCGCAGCUACAACCACGGCAGCCCCGCCAACGACGUCGUCAUCCACCCCAACCAGGGCGAGAUCAUCAGCUGCGACAGGUCCGGCAGCGUGCGCGUCUGGGACCUCGCCGAGAACAACUGCAGCCAUGAGCUGAUCCCCGAGGAGGACGUGAGCGUGUCGAGUGUCACGGUUGCCACGGAUGGCACACUGCUGUGCGCCGCCAAUAACAAUACCUUUGACCGCACCGAGCUGCAGCCCAUCACCCACUUUAACGCACACAAGGAGUACAUCACGCGCAUCCUGCUCUCCCCGGACGUCAAGAAGCUAGCCACCUGCUCGGCCGACCACACCGCCAAGAUCUGGGAGGUCGACCCAGAGAAGGCCGCCGAGCCCGACGAGAACGGAUCCCCGCGCCCCUUCCCACUGGAGGCCACGCUGACCGGCCACCAGCGCUGGGUCUGGGACUGCGCCUUCAGCGCCGACUCGGCCUACCUGGUCACGGCUUGCUCUGAUCACUACGCCCGCCUGUGGGAGCUGCACAGCCAGCAGAUCAUCCGCCAGUACAAUGGCCACCACCGCGGCGCGGUCUGUGUCGCGCUGAAUGACUACUCGGAGGCGCGCUAA